CGGAGGUUGGUUGGUGUUUCCCUGGGAAUCCGAUCCCUGCGCCGCCGCUUGUUGCGGAAAGCGGGCUGCGGGUGGCUGCGGGGACAGACGGGCUCCCGAACUUUUGGGAGCGCUGCUUUUCGGAGCUGCAGCUGGCUUAUUUCUGUGGCCUUUUUCUUACCGUGUGUGUUCUGAAGGCUGUUUCAUGCCCGAUUCCAAAACCAUGGAGGUAGCGAUGCUCCAGGACCUGCGCCAGGACGCUAACCUAGCCAAGAGGCGGUACAUGGAGCUGUGCAGGCAGGGACGGGUCUUCGACGCCAGGAACAGGAUCAUUGGGGGAGACACACAAGCCUGGGAUGUUCAAGUCCGUGACCAGAAGAUAAAAGAAGCAACUGAGAAAGCUAGGGAUGAAACUUUUGCUGCUGAAAUGAGGCACAAUGACAAAGUCAUGUGCAUCCUACAUGACCGCGAACGGAGGGACAAGAAACAACUCUGUUGCGCUAUCAAUGACUUCCAACAGAGCUUUCAGAAGCCAGAAACUCGCCGUGAGUUCGAUCUGUCUGACCCCCUGGCCCUUAAGAAAGAUCUCCCAGCCCGGGUGUCAGACUGUGACAUGAGGAACACCAUAUCAGGAAUGCAGAAGUUCAUGGGAGAGGAUUUAAACUUCCUAGAGAGGAAGAGGUUCCAAGAGGAGCAGAACAGAGAAUGGUCUCUGCAACAGCACAGAGAAUGGGAGCGAGCGUGGGCUGACCACAAACUUGCAGAAGAGCAUCACCUGCAGACAAGACUGAAGUUUGAUGAAACAGCCCGAGACUUGCAGAAGCUGGAAGGCCUCACCAGGAAGGAAGUCUGUGCAGCCAUGAAAGAGUUCAACAAGAACCAGAUUGUGGAGCUGGCAGAAAGGAAGAGGCAAGAGAAGCAGCAGGAGCAGGAGGACAACCUGGCCGAGAUCACCAACCUGCUGCACGGGGACCUGCUCUCUGAGAACCCACAGCAGGCUGCCAGCUCCUUUGGGCCUCACCGUGUGGUUCCUGACCGCUGGAAGGGCAUGAGCCGGGAGCAGCUGGAAGAGAUCCACUAUGUUCAGAAGCAACAAAUCCAGGAGAAGCUGAGGCUUCAGGAGGAAGAACGCCAGCGCAUCAUGGACUGGGACCGACGCAGGAUCCAGAAGGCCCGUGCUAGCCUACUGCAGGAGCGACAGCAGCAGCGCUUGCAGCGGGAACUGCGCAGGGCCCUGGAUUGCAGCAACCUCAGCUUGGCCAGGGAACAGUAUUUACAGAAAAAACGAAUGGAUGAAGCCUCCUCAAGUCAACCCACAGAAGAUUAUUUCUCACAGUUUAAUACAAGAAGCCGCUAAUGGAAAAUAUUCCCCUUUUCUUUUUUAUAGUAGUGUGGUCCCCAGGACUCACACUUACUUCAAAGUGAACCUGCUCCUUGGUCUGAACAUCUCCAUCAAGUCUCAUCACCCUGGUGGAGAGUGCUGUGGUCAUAGGGCAUAGUGGACCAGGGGUCUCAUCACCCUGGUGGGGUGCUGUGGACAUAGGGCAUAGUGGACCAGAGAUCUCAUCACCCUGGUGGAGAGUGCUGUGGACACAGGGCACAGUGGACCAGAGGUCUCAUCACCCUGGUGGGGAGUGCUGUGGACAUAGGGCAUAGUAGACCAGGGGUCUCAUCACCCUGGUGGGGAGUGCUGUGGACACAGGGCACAGUGGACCAGGGGUCUCAUCACCCUGGUGGAGAGUGCUGUGGACAUAGGGCACAGUGGACCAGGGGUCUCAUCACCCUGGUGGGGAGUGCUGUGGACAUAGGGCACAGUAGACCAGGGGACGGACACAGUGAGGGCCGCUGUGCCGCUCAAGCUCUGGGCUGGCUGCUGCAGUCACUUGCUAAUUCAGUGAGCAUCGUAAGUGUUGUUCUGUGUGCUCUGUGAAGCACUCCUUUGUUGGAUUCUCAUCCUAGAGGCUGACCAGUACCUCUGCCAUUGUCUAGUGGGAGAAUCUGAGUUAAAGGCACACAUCUGGCUUAUCGUGUGAUUCUCCCGCCCCUCCUCCCCACCGCAAGGAAAUGUCGGCACUCAGGAUUGAACCCGGCAAGUCUGGCUUUCAGCCUUUUCAUCUCCUUGCUGCUGUAACAAAGACCCAGGCAACAGUGGCUUCCAUAAAGCAUCAGUUUUUAUUUCUUGCUAUAACAAAAGCCAGUGGCCCUAGAAGCCCCGCUGGUGGGGGGAGGGCCCAGUGCCUUGCUGCUUGCUCAGCCUCCCUCCCUUGCCACUGUGUAGCUCCCAUCCUAGGGUCUAGCCUCUGCUCCAGCUUGCAACCCUGUACCACACCCUGUCAUCAGAAGCUAGCAUUCCCUCCCUUCAGGGAUGUGGUCCAGAAAGUACCCAUGUCGCCUCUGCUCCAUCCCCACUGCGACUUGAGCUUCUGCCAGCAAGAGUGUGCCUUUUUGGUCUGGGUGUCUCCAGGAUGAUAAAGACUUGAGGGGAUGUCCAGACCAAGGAGACCUCCACAUUUACCCAUCACAAAUGCAUUCUCUAGGAAACAGGCCACCACCAACACUGUCCACAGCUGCUGGGCUUUCAGGACGGUCAGACCAAGUUGAGGUCACCAGCACAGUAGGGCAGUGUGCUCUCAAUGGCCUUCACUUUUGGCCACAGGUGUGAACAGGUACCCUUGAAGGCCUGUCCUUUACAAACACCCACCUGGGCCGAGAGUCCAGUGGUAGUGACCAAGUAGCCCAGGAUGUUUAGUCAGUCACAGGAUCUACCCAAGCUUUCCACAGGCUUCACUUUGCCUGGGUCUUUCCACACAGCCUGUACUUCUGUCAUAAAACUGCGACCUGUUGUUCUGCCUCAUGGUUUUCCUCAGGGACUCACACACCCCCUGUGAAUGGCUCCAGCCACAGGUAGACGAGGCCUCUCUUCUCUACAGCAAUGUGGAAUCCUGUGGAACUGAGUAAAAUGUUGCCAGAGGCCCACAGAAACCAGAGCACCUCAUCAGAGAAGAGACCAGGGCUGAGCCCUUCAGAGGCACCUCUGCCAGCUACACUGUGCCCACCUGCGUGCUUGGGUGGCCCCACUACCCAGCCCAGGGCACCCACCUCUGGAACUCAGCCGUUUCCUGAGCAGCAGUGUCUGACUCCAAGAAUGCAUUAUGGGACAAGAACACACCAGGAAGAAAGGGUGGGUGUGGAUGCUUUGAGGAGGGAGCCUUAAGAGACCGGGCAGCUUCAACAGUAGACACUUCUAGCUCCUUGCAGUUCUGAGGGUUAGAAGUUUGUAAUGGAAGCCAGGUGGUGGUGGUGCAGGCCUUUAAUCCCAGCACGCAGGAGGCAGAGGCAGGUGGAUCUCUGAGUUCGAGGCCAGCCUAGUCUGCAGAAUGAGAUCCAGGACAGUCAGAGCUACACAGAGGAAACCCUGUCUUGAAAAACCAAAAAACAAAAAACAAGUUUGUGAUGGAGAUGUCAGGAAGAGGAGGACAACAAUCACACUGAGACAGGGCACGAUGACUCCAUGUUAACAAGUGCAUUGAUAAUUACCCUACUUCCGAGUAAGGUUAUGGUCUGAGCUAUUGGAGGGUAGGACCACAAGUCAUCCCAUCACAGAAUAAAGUGCUGAGACAUUGAUAAGUCUAUGGGGAACAUUGAUGAAAGGACCAGUAUUUGGCACAAAGGACAGGAAAUAUAGAGACAAAUACAGGAGACAGAGGAAGAGAGAGUAGGGAAAAGAACAAGAAUGGGGGAGGAACAUUUGUCCUGGAGGGACAAAGGACUGCCUCCGAAUUGAGAGGAGACAGAUGUGGCCCAUAGGCAAAUGGUGGCCUAUAAAGGUAAAAGGGAAACCUCAUUGCCAAAUAAGGGAACAGACCUUGGUGCUAGCUUCAGGAAUGUAAUCUGAUGGUUUUUAGCAAGGCAGAGGGAAUAGGGGAAGGGAAAGGCCCACCAGAGCCAUGUUUGCCAUGUUUAGGCCAACUAGAGUCCCUUCAAUGGGUGCCCAGGCUAAACAAGUCAGCUUGGGGUGGCAUUCUGUUGAUAGACAAUGGACAGCCAGCUGAGGUGAUGGAGCCUCCUGCUUCUGAGGACUGUGGUGGUUUGAAAAUGGCCUUCAAGGCACAUAGGGAGUGGCACCAUUAGGAGAUGUGGCCUUGUUGGAGGAAGUGUGUCACUGGGAGUGGGCUUAGGGGUUUCAGAAGCUCAAGCCAUGCCCAGUGACUGACUCUCUUCCUGCUGCCUGUGAAUCCAGAUGUAGAACUCUCAGCUCCUUCUCCAGCGCCAUGUCUGUCUGCGUGCUGCCAUGCUCCCCGCCAUGAUAAUGGACUAAACCUCUGGAUCUUUAAACCAGCCCCAAUUAAAUGUUUUCCUUUAUAAGA